AUGUCCUCCCAGAACACCAACAAUCAACAACCCGGCCUUGUCGCCGGCCACGCCGAGUACAUCAAGGGUGCUGCCGAGGCCGCCAUCGGUAGCGUCACAGGUUCUCAUGCCUGGACCUCGUCUGGCGAGCAAGACAAGGCGCACGCCGCGUCGACGAUGAAGGCCGCCGGCCAACAGCGCGACCCCACGGCACAGGGGUACGGCAAAGUCGAGGAAGUGGCAGGAAAGGCCCUGGGGUGCGACGGUAUGAAGCAGGAGGGCGCCGCCAGCAAGCAGAAAUAG